ACGGGGGGGCGGGGCAACGCUGUCCAAUGGCACGUCAGUGCCGGAGCCGACGGAAAGCCGCGAGCGAGGGCGCGGCCCCGACCGGAAGCGCUGGUGCUGAGCCGCGAACAUGGCCGCGCUCGAGCUGCAGUUGGGCACAAGCUCGCCUGGUUUUGAAAAAACUGUUGAAAGUAUUAGUAAACUUCCCCAAGACCUGUUUGCAGAGCUGUGCCAGCAGAUCAUGUUGCAUCUUCAGUGUAAGGUACCUGGGGUGAAUGCAAUCAAAUUAUGUGAGAGACUUCAAACAACUGGCGUGAGUUUGGACUUGGAAGCCAUUAAACAGUUGGCCCAUGCUGUUUCCUUGUUUUUCAGGUCAGCAGCGCAGAACAGUAUGUCAGCUGAAGAACUGAUUGCGAAACUAGCUGAAAGCAGCAACAGUUGGUCCAAGCAGGCUCUUCAAGUCAUUCAUCAUGUGUGGAGCGAACAGGGCAAGCUGAUCACAACACCAGAAGACGCCAAGAAUAUGUUGACCAUGGGUCAGCUUGUGGACUUGCAGUGGAAGCUGGGAAUGGCAAUGAGUUCUGACAGCUGUAGAUCUCUGAACCACCCGUACGUCACCAUGACCCUUAAAGUAGCUGAUUCUUCAGAUGUGAUCAGCAGAUCUUUUGAAAUGACCAUUCCUCAAUUUCAGAAUUUCUCCAAACAGUUCAGAGAAAUGGCAUCUGUCCUUGAAACAGUGUGAUGUUUUACUCCAUUGUUCUUUUUGUGGGCGUUUUUUCUGAUUCCAUUACACAGAAGACAAAGAAGAGUUUAACGCAAAAGAAAAACCUAGCAGGACUUGGUUCUGUUUCAUUUUUGGUUACAAUUUUUUUUCAAGAAGAUCUCCUGUUUUCAUCUUAUUGAAUGUUAGUAAACACACUGUUUUAAAAUGAAGAAAUUUAUUGUGUGCAGCAAAGCAACAGCAAUCGAGGAAUGGUCACACUUUGACUCGUACACACCAUUUCUAUAGAAAACUGGAGAUUAAUCAUGUAUACUUUUUUUAAAAAAAACACACAAUCAAACAAAACAUGUAAUUAAAUGAGUGAAACAAAGUAAGGAAUGGGGUUACAAAAUGUUACAGAAGAAGGAUUAGGUGAGGGAUUUGAAUAUGUGUUCUGAGAUGCUUGAAUCCAAAACAGACUGAUAGAUGGAAGUCUUUGAGCUGAAAGAAACUUAUGUAGAUCAAGGCUGUUCUAUUUUUCUAGCUCAGUUUCUGUUGGAUCCAAUGCUGGAACACAAAACUACCUAUGAAUGCCACUAACUGAUAUUAAAUUGUCAAUUCUAGGAGAGACAAAGGGUGGCUAAUGUGGGGAAAUGGAAAUAAUCAAAUUGAUACAGCUGUUAAAUUGGGAGUUAAGUAUAUUAACGUUUAGCUGAAUUGCACACAUUUAAUGUGAAUGGCGGGUGGGCGGAAGUGCAAUUUGGGAACUGAAAUUGCUCAUUUUGAUGAAGAUCACAUUACAGGUGGAAAAGAUGCAAGGAGUAAAUUGAUAGUCAGGCCUUGUUGUAUCUUAAUUAUGCAUGAAUAUGAUUUUUCUCAUGAAGGUCAAAGGAAUAGCAGUUGGUUUUUAAAAAAAAUUCCAGCCUUCCACCCACAAUAACAGGACAGGAGUGUGUACCUUUGUUUAUAAAAAAAAUCAAAAGAAAUAUGGAGAUUUUUCAGUUGAUAUGCACUUGUUUCCAUAUAAAUACUGUAUUAUGUUCUGCCUCUUCAUUUGUUUUAAAUAUUGCUCAGUUUCCAAAUUCUUGUACAGCUUUUCAUUCUCCCUCCCCCCGACCCCAUUUGGAUUUUUUUCGUCUACCUUUUCUCCCCUUACCCGAAGGGAAUUGGCUUUUCCUUUUGUUUAGUUAGUUUACAGAUGCCAGGCACUAUUUUGCACCUCACCCAAGUAGCCAUUAUUAUCGGUGAGUGAUAGCACUUUAUUCAAAACGCAAAAUACUGCAGAUGCUGAAAAUCUGAAACAAUUUUCAGGUCAGGCAGCAUCUGUGGAGAAAGGAAAGUGAGUCAACGUUUCAGGUCCACAACCCUUCAUCAGAACUGGGACGUGUUGGGAGGGAGAGGCUUUAUUCAAACUGUAUCAGUGAGUGACGGCACUCUAUUCAAACUAGGGACAUCACAGUUGGAAGUGAUUCUAUCCUCAGCUGAUAUUGCACACCUCUAUUCGAUGCAGACCAGAACUUUACUCAGUAACCUUGGGGUUUGUCUGUUUCAGCGCUACUGUGUAGCAAUGCCUUUACUAGCAGCCUAUUGGGGGAGCUCUUGUACUUGUUUUUAAUUAAUGUUCACUUACUUGGAGCCAUUUGUUGCUACCCCUGUCAAGAUAAAAUGAGCUGUGUUUUGUUUCUCUUCAUCUUAGUUACUUGAAACAAAUUGUACAGUGUUUUAUGUAGAGAAUUUAAACUUGAUUCUAUAUGACUGCCACAAAGCUUCUAAAAUAAACUGCUGAAUUUAAAUCAGUGGAAAGAUUGAAAGUCUUA